ACGGACCCCAAAAGUGAAAGGGAAACCCUUAAACUCCCCGCCGAGUGUAGCAUGCCCGUCGCUACUGCGCAGGCGCCAACUCACUGAUUCCAGGAAGGAGGCCCCAGAUUGGUCGGCCGGGGGAGGACGGCGAAUGGCAGGAGGACUUUUCGGGGCGGCCCCUCCAGAGGAACAGGCGGAGCUUAUAGAGGAAAAGGGCUCGCAGCGAAGUCCCGCCUCCACUUCGGGAAACGAAUAGAACUGAGGCGCCUGGCUGGCUCGCAAUCCAGCAGGACGGGCGAGCCCGGCGGAGGAAGGAAGGAAGGAAGGAAGGAGGCGCCGCCCGAGAGGAGAGGAGGCCCCGCGGAACAGCCCCGGGAGGAGACGGCGGGAAGGCCCGGCAGGGAUGAGCCGAGAGGGACCCGGAGAAAGGAGGCCGCCCAGAGGGAGAAGCGGGGAGCAGGAAACGGGCGGAGACCCCGAGACGGGCCUGGAGGGCGGAGGGUCCUUCAGAAGAGGCGGAAGACCCGGGAAUCCCCAGAGAAUCCAGGAGGGAGGAGAGAAAUAUCAGUGCCCGGAAUGUGGAAAAUCCUUCAAAAGAAAUAGAGUUCUUGUAAACCAUCUAAGAAUCCACACAGGAGAAAAGCCAUUUGAAUGCCUGGAGUGUGGAAAGAGCUUCAGUCAGAGGAGCAGCCUUUAUAGACAUCAAAGGAUCCACUCAGGAGAAAAACCAUUUGAAUGCCUGGAGUGUGGAAAGAGCUUCAGUUGGAGGGGACAGCUUUAUGUACAUGAAAGAAUCCACUCAGGAGAGAAACCAUACAAAUGCCUAGAAUGUGGACAGAGCUUUACUCGGAAUGAACACCUACGUCAACAUCAAACAAUCCACACUGGAGAGAAACCACAUAAAUGCCUGGAGUGUGGAAAAUGCUUCAGUCAGAAGGGAAACCUUUAUGCACAUCAAAGAAUCCACUCAGGAGAAAAGCCGCAUAAAUGUCUGGAGUGUGGAAGGAGCUUCAUUGAGAGGAGCCACCUUUAUACACAUCAAAGAAUCCACACUGGAGAGAAACCACAUAAAUGCCUGGAGUGUGGAAAGAGCUUCAGUCAGAGUAGCAGCCUUUAUGUACAUCAAAGGAUCCACUCAGGAGAAAAACCACAUAAAUGUUUGGAGUGUGGAAAGAGCUUCAGUCAGAGUAGCAGCCUUUAUGUACAUCAAAGGCUCCACACUGGAGAAAAACCAUACAAAUGCCUAGAAUGUGGAAAGAGCUUUACUCGGAAUGAAUACCUACGUCAACAUCAAACAAUCCACACUGGAGAGAAACCACAUAAAUGUCUGGAGUGUGGAAAAUGCUUCAGUCAGAAGGGAAACCUUUAUGCACAUCAAAGGAGCCACACAGGAGAAAAACCGCAUAAAUGCCUGGAGUGUGGAAAGAGUUUCAGUCAUAGAUGCAGCCUUUAUGCACAUCAAAGAAUCCACACUGGAGAGAAACCACAUAAAUGCCUGGAGUGUGGAAAGAGUUUCAGUCAAAGGAGCGGCCUUUAUGUACAUCAAAGGAUCCACUCAGGAGAGAAGCCGCAUAAAUGCCUGGAGUGUGGAAAGAGCUUCUGUCGGAGGGGAAGCCUUUAUACACAUCAAAGAAUCCACUCAGAAAAACCGCAUAAAUGCCUGGAGUGUGGAAAGAGCUUCCGUCUGAGUGGAAGACUUUAUACACAUCAAAGAAUCCACUCAGGAGGAAAACCGCAUAAAUGCCUGGAGUGUGGAAAGAGCUUCAGUCUGAGUGGAAGACUUUAUACACAUCUAAGAAUCCACUCAGGAGAAAAACCACAUAAAUGUUUGGAGUGUGGAAAGAGCUUCAGUCUGAGGAGAA